AUGGAUGGCUUUGUACUCACUGGUGGUGGCUUUCUUUCCGACUUCCCGGUGCUGCGAGACUGUCCGGCGCUUCCGCGCUCGAUGGACACCGUGUACGAUGACAUCCUCUUUGGUGACCACUUCUGUGGGCCACCGAUGCCCGCCGGCGGCGCACGCCUUCCAGGCACAGACUCCGCUGCCCAAGCAAAACUGGGCACGGGCAGCUUCUCUCCAGGGAAUUCGAAUGAGGCACUGGAGUACACGGCGUGGUCUGUGACUGCGGCGGCGAACGCGGGGUUGGCGUGCAUCGCGAUAGGCUUGCGCCGCCGCAGCCCUAUGGAAUGUUCCCAGCUGCAAUCAUGGCGGCAGCACAUGCACUCCACCUCUCCAUUCGACAACAUUGACGCAGAGGCGCCGCUUGCGAUUAGGGCACGACCAGCGUGGCCUAAGACGUCUUCCAGUGUUGUCACCGAUAGCGAGGCUCUUACCGUCUUCCCAGGCACCAGCGCUUCUGUUUCAGGUAGGAGCCCCAAUGAAGGUGUUAGUGGCGGCGAAUACGAUCCGUACGGCUUUGCGAGCGCACAUCCUUCUGCCUCAGGGGUAACCACAACAGCGCGUCCGCUGCUGGAGACGCUGACGCUACGCGGAGAGGUGGACGUAAAGCUGUCUCGCCGUGAAGGAGAAGAGUGGCACAUCUCUCUUCCACCGCCGCACGGCAGCUUCCAAUUUACAAUGGGCCCCAGUCGCGAGCUCAUGACGGCUGCUCGACGUAUCUUUUACUAUGAAUAA